AGCACACCGGCCUAUGAGCAGAGAAAGGGAUCCUUUGGUUGUCGGUAGAGUGGUUGGGGAUGUGUUGGACCCCUUCAAUAGAACCACCACUCUUAGAGUGUCUUAUGGCUCUAGGGAAGUGACCAACGGGCGCGAGUUCAAGCCCUCCCAAGUGGUCAUCCAACCAAGGGUCGACGUUGGUGGGAAUGACCUCAGAACCUCUUACACACUCGUGAUGGUAGACCCAGAUGCUCCAAAUCCAAGUGAUCCAAGCCUUAGGGAAUAUCUCCACUGGCUGGUCACAGAUAUCCCGGGAACCACAGGAGCAACCUUUGGGCAGGAGGUGUUGUGCUACGAGAGCCCGAGGCCAACGAUGGGAAUCCACCGCUUCGUGUUCGUACUCUUUCAGCAGCUCGGGCGGCAGACCGUCUAUCCUCCGGGCUGGCGCCAGAACUUCAACACCAGGGACUUUGCAGAGCUCUACAACCUCGGAUCCCCAGUUGCUGCCGUCUACUUCAACUGCCAGCGAGAGUCCGGUUCUGGUGGGAGAAGGAUCUCAGCUUAAUUAGUACUUGAACUUGCAUCAGCCGUGAUGCAUGCACAGGUCUAUCUCGAACUUCUACCUGUGUAGAAUCCUUUUUUUUUUUUGAAAUAAAGGGAGUCGAAGUGCCACCCUGAAUCUAUUAAAGAGCAAGGAGUAAUUACAAUGGUAAAUUUACAAGGCAUAAACGGGAGAAGAAGAAUAGAAAAGAGGAAGAGUACAGGAAGAAGACCCCAAUUGCAGAAUACAUUGCUGCUCUAAAUGAUGGCAAAGCAGGGGAAUGCAACCACGCUGCAGCAAGGAGACGUCACGAGCAGGAUAAGGGAAGUACGGUAUAUAUUAUGGUUAACACACCUUUGUACUUUUUUUUUUUUUAGGUGGGUAAUCUCGCACCUUUGUACUAUUGCUAAGCUGCUUCUUACUCGGACAUGGAGCUAUGGUAUGUAGUUCGGUGGUCUUGCAU